UCUCAAAGUCUCAACCUUAUUUGUUUUUUGAACUAACUUGCAUCCUAUUCCUAUCAUCAUUCUCUUUUUUUUCUUGGUGAGAAACAAAAUGUUGUAGAUACCCGGCCUUGUCUCUUGUCUUAGUUAGGAUCGGAUAUUGUCCUUCGUUUUUGUUUUAUUCUUCUUGUUCCUUCUCUAUUUUUUUUGUCUACUCUUCUGCUUCCAAAUUUGUCCCUCCUCCCUCUUCAUCUAAAAUCCCCUUCACUCUGUUUGUAUCUCUUCGUCGUGUUGGUAAUGGUAGGGGACAAACCUAUGCACCUGCUUUUGUCUUCUGGGUUUUUCCAGUUUCUGGUUUUAUACUAGCAACUCUUCACUUUCUUCCCUCAUGCUCAUUGGUCUUUUGGUUCUACACACCUCCAUGGCUAUUUUGGGUUUGCUUGUUGAAUGAAACAUGGGUGAAUAGUUUUGGAGUGUUUCAGUUUUUUGCAAGAGAAGGGUAAUGCUUGUCUAGUUAAACAAGGCCAUGCCAGUUUUCAGUUCCUUUCACUCUUACAAUAAUUGUCUUUUCCAACUUGCAUGCAUCAUCACAUUACCAUUAUUGACAGCAUUUUCCAUCAUUACUUUCUGUCAUCUUACCUCAAACAAUCGCUUACUUUUCCUUCGCAGACAUAAAUAAUUAUAUAAAAAGAUCAGAGAAGAGUCUUUAAGUGAAGUUGGUGUGAUUUUUGGUUUACAAAUUCCAGUGAUCAACAAAGCCAAACAUGCCAGUGAGGCAGAUGAAAGAAAGCUCUGAGCAACACAUUGUGAUUAAACCCCAUUCUCAGAACCACAUGAAUAAGGCACCAAAAGCUGCACAAAAUGGAAAAGGACCACCACCACCACCACAAGAGAACCACCAGCACCACAACAACAACAACCACCACCACCACCACAACCACCAGUCAUCACCUCAACCAAGAAACAAAGGGAGAAGAAGGGGCAGAGGUGGGAGAAAAUCUGAUCAAGGAGAGAUUUUGAUGAGACCAAGUUGCAGGCCCUGCACUGCUGGUGCUGCUCCUCCUCCUGUGACAGCAAAUGGGAUUAAUAGUAAUAAUGUUGAGAAUGGCUGCAAGAUCAGUGGUGGUGGUGGUGACAUAACAGACAUGGGUUUUCCCACUUCAAGCAAAUCCUUGAGCUUUGCUCGCAGGCCUGGCUAUGGACAAGUUGGGACAAAAUGCAUUGUCAAGGCUAAUCACUUCUUUGCUGAGCUACCGGACAAGGACUUGAACCAAUAUGAUGUAACAAUUAGCCCAGAAGUGAGUUCAAGAGCAGUAAAUCGGUCCAUAAUAGCAGAACUUGUGAGGCUUUACAAAGAGUCUGAUUUGGGGAUGAGGCUUCCUGCUUAUGAUGGCAGGAAAAGUCUGUACACUGCUGGCCAGCUUCCCUUUGCCUGGAGAGAAUUUAAGAUAAAGCUUCUUGAUGAUAAUGAUGAUGGAGUUAAUGGCCCCAAAAGGGAAAGGGAAUAUAGGGUGGUGAUCAAGUUUGUUGCUCGUGCAAACUUGCAUCACUUGGGUCAGUUUCUAGCCGGCAAGCGAGCUGAUGCACCACAGGAGGCACUUCAGAUUCUUGAUAUUGUACUGAGAGAGCUAUCAACUAAGAGGUACUGCCCCAUUGGGAGGUCCUUCUUUUCACCUGAUAUUAGAACACCUCAACGGCUUGGAGAGGGUUUGGAAUCAUGGUGUGGAUUCUACCAGAGCAUAAGGCCUACUCAGAUGGGCCUUUCCCUCAAUAUUGACAUGGCUUCUGCUGCAUUCAUUGAGCCUCUUCCAGUAGUAGAAUUUGUUGGCCAACUAUUAGGGAAAGAUGUUCUUUCAAGGCCACUGUCGGAUGCUGAUCGCAUUAAGAUUAAGAAAGCCCUUAGAGGAGUUAAGGUUGAAGUAACACACAGGGGAAGUGUAAGAAGGAAAUAUCGCGUUUCAGGAUUGACUUCUCAACCAACAAGAGAACUUGUGUUCCCUGUUGAUGAGAACUCAACCAUGAAGUCAGUGGUUGAAUACUUUCAAGAGAUGUAUGGUUUCACUAUUCAAUACACUCACCUUCCUUGCCUUCAAGUAGGAAACCAAAAGAAGGCAAACUACUUACCCAUGGAGGCCUGCAAAAUUGUGGAGGGGCAAAGGUAUACAAAAAGAUUGAAUGAGAAGCAAAUUACUGCACUGCUCAAAGUUACUUGCCAGAGACCGCGCGAUCGCGAAAAUGACAUCUUAAGGACGGUGCAACAUAAUUCUUAUAAUGAAGAUCCUUAUGCAAAGGAAUUUGGUCUUAAAAUCAGUGAAAAGCUAGCUUCUGUUGAAGCACGAAUUCUUCCUGCCCCUUGGCUUAAAUACCAUGAAAGUGGGAAAGAAAAGAAUUGUUUACCCCAAGUUGGUCAGUGGAACAUGAUGAACAAGAAAAUGAUUAAUGGAAUGACUGUUAGCCGGUGGGCGUGCAUUAACUUUUCGCGGAGUGUGCAAGAUAGCGUUGCUCGCACAUUUUGUCAUGAGCUUGCUCAAAUGUGUCAAGUGUCUGGCAUGGAAUUCAAUCCAGAGCCUGUCAUUCCCAUCUACAAUGCCAAGCCAGAGCAGGUAGAGAAAGCUUUAAAGCAUGUUUAUCAUGUGUCGACGAACAAAACUAAAGGGAAAGAGUUGGAGCUGUUGUUAGCAAUAUUGCCUGACAACAAUGGAUCUCUAUAUGGUGAUCUCAAGCGUAUCUGUGAAACUGACCUUGGUUUAAUUUCACAAUGCUGUCUGACAAAACAUGUCUUCAAGAUCACCAAACAGUACUUGGCAAAUGUAUCUCUAAAGAUCAAUGUUAAGAUGGGAGGUAGAAACACUGUUCUUCUAGAUGCUGUAAGCUGCAGAAUACCGUUGGUUAGCGACAUACCAACCAUAAUAUUCGGAGCAGAUGUUACUCACCCUGAAAAUGGAGAAGACUCUAGCCCUUCAAUAGCAGCUGUAGUAGCAUCCCAGGACUGGCCUGAAGUGACAAAAUAUGCUGGUUUAGUGUGUGCUCAAGCUCAUAGACAGGAGCUUAUACAAGAUUUGUACAAAACUUGGCACGAUCCUGUUCGUGGCACAGUCAGCGGUGGCAUGAUCCGAGAUUUGUUGGUUUCGUUUAGAAAGGCAACAGGGCAAAAGCCACUAAGGAUUAUAUUUUACAGGGAUGGUGUAAGUGAAGGACAAUUUUACCAAGUUCUCCUUUAUGAAUUAGAUGCAAUCCGGAAGGCUUGUGCUUCCUUAGAACCAAACUAUCAGCCUCCGGUAACUUUCAUAGUUGUACAAAAACGACAUCAUACACGGUUAUUCGCUAACAACCACCGGGACAGGAGCAGUACAGAUAAGAGUGGGAAUAUAAUGCCUGGAACUGUUGUUGAUUCUAAAAUAUGCCAUCCAACAGAAUUUGAUUUCUAUCUAUGCAGUCAUGCUGGCAUCCAGGGUACAAGUAGGCCUGCCCAUUAUCAUGUUCUGUGGGAUGAAAACAACUUCACAGCAGAUGGAAUUCAAUCUUUGACAAACAAUCUGUGUUACACAUAUGCUAGGUGUACUCGAUCUGUAUCAGUUGUUCCUCCAGCAUAUUAUGCACAUUUAGCAGCAUUUAGAGCACGUUUCUAUAUGGAGCCAGAUAUGCAAGAGAAUGACUCUACAGGUGGUGGUAACGGUGGUGGUCGUGGAGGAUCGAAGGGAACUCGAGCAGCCGGAGAGUGUGGUGUGAAGCCACUGCCAGCCUUGAAAGAGAAUGUGAAGAGAGUAAUGUUUUACUGUUGAGAUUGAUAGAUGAUUAUGGAGUGCAGUGUUCAUCAUCAUUUCAUAUUAGCUUUGUACAUUAGUGGUAGCUAGUUUAAGUUUAUAGAUCCAUGAUUAUAGUCCUUAAUAGAGGCUUAGUCUAGAUUUCCCUACAAGUGAAAGUAGUAGUAGUAUUUGACUUUGAAGAUGAAUAGUGUUGUAAUCAUCAUUGUAGAAAAUUUUGCCUCAAGGCCUUUAUAGAUCAAGAUUAGAAAAUUCCCAAUA